GAUGACGUUUCAGGCAGAUACACAAGUAGCCGGCUGAUCGGGAUCAGCCUGUUUCGAUUGUUCGGAUCCUUCUUGACAGUUUGUGGUCACAAAAGCUCGAUCAAGAAGGCGAGUUUAAUCGUCCAAAAAUGGGCACCCGACAGGAGCUGUUGUCAGGCCCAGACGUGCGCAAGUUGGAGAAGCUUUUCCAGCACGGAACCGGCGUUCCUGACCAGGGCUGGAGAAUCCCCCUGGACCAUGUGUUUCCACGGAGGGGUAUGAAGCCCAAUGCCAAACCUCGCUUCAAGCAACUCAAAGAUCUGUACGGAGUGUUCUAUAGGUACUUUUUCUGGUGGAUGAAGAAGAAAACUGGACAUAAGAGACCAUUCAUUGAUGCCCUGAAUCCUGUGCAGCUUCAACAAAUCUAUGGUGUGCCACUAGGGGGUCUCGGCUGUGGUAGUAUCUGCCGCGGAUGGAAGGGUGACUUUUGUAGAUGGGCACUGCUACCUGGGAUCUACAGCUAUGACAUCAAAAUGGCCAACCAGUUUACUGUGUGUGUCAGGAGAAGAGGCCAGACAACCUAUCAGCAGGUUUUAUCCACCAGACAUCCAUCAUGUCUGACGGAGUGGAACUGGAGCUACAGCCCGUCCCAUGCCUAUUACCACGCCCUGUACCCCCGUGCCUGGACAGUGUACGAGUUACCUGGACAAAACAUCACUCUCACCUGUCGGCAGGUGUCACCUGUGCUUCCACAUGACUACAAGGACAGCAGCAUCCCUGCAGCUGUGUUUGUCUGGACAGCAGAGAAUCAUGGGAAGGAAGAAGUGGACAUCAGCCUCAUGUUCACCUUCCAGAAUUCCAUAGGAGCUGAUACUGACCUCUCAGGAGGUCACUGGAAUGAACCAUUUUCUGUGAAUGAGGAAGGAGUCGACCCUGUAUCUGGGAUUUUGCUGCAUCACCAGCAUAAGACGAUGCCUUGCACAAUUGCCUUAGGAAUACCACAUAAGGAGGGCAUCCGAGUGACAGGUAGCACAUCGUUUAACCCAGCUGGUUCUGGGAAGGAGAUCUGGAGGGACCUGAUGUACGAUGGAGAGCUGGGGUCACCAGAAGCCCCUACAAACAAGACAGUUAAAGGGGAAGCCCUGGCCGGAGCAGUCUGUGCAUCAUUUAAGCUGCCAUCAGGAGGAAAACAGGACACUGAUUUUGUCCUGUCCUGGGACAUGCCUGUCAUAAAGUUCGUUGGGUCCUGUCGCACCUACAAGAGGUGGUAUACAGGCUGGUUCGGGGAUGAUGGAACAGCUGCCCCCAAACUUGCUGCCUAUGCUCUCAGUCACUACCCAGAGUGGGAGAGCACCAUAGAGGAGUGGCAGAGGCCUAUCCUGGACAAUCAGUCCUACCCAGAGUGGUAUAGGUCUGCCCUGUUCAAUGAGUUGUACUUCAUGUCUGAUGGUGGGACCAUCUGGUUAGUGGCUGAGGACAAUGAUGGACAUGUGGAGAACAAUCUGCCACCAUGGCUCAGGGAGAAGACUCCUGCUCACAUCAUGGAGUAUGGGAGGUUUGGCUAUUUGGAAGGCCAUGAGUACAGAAUGUACAACACCUAUGAUGUUCACCACUAUGCAUCCUUUGCCUUAGCAAUGCUGUGGCCUCAGUUGGAAUACAGCAUCCAAUAUGACUAUGCACUCACUAUCCUGGAGGAAGACAGGAGUUGGCAGCCUGAACUGUGGCAUGGUGGAUGGAUGCACAGGAAAGCAAUCAACUCUGUACCUCAUGACUUAGGAGACCCUUAUGAUGAGCCAUUCAUCCACGUCAAUGCCUAUGUGAUGCAUGACACGUCUGACUGGAGGGAUCUGAACCUGAAGUUUGUGUUACAAAUCUUCAGGGACUACUUUGUUGGACGUGAUAAGGGCUUCCUAGCUUUCAUGUGGCCAAGAGCCCAGGCUGUUAUGACCAAAGCCCUUACAUGGGACACAGACCAGGAUGGGAUGAUAGACAACAGUGGGGCAGCUGACCAGACUUAUGAUGCCUGGAUUGUAACUGGAGCAAGUGCCUACUGUGGUGGACUGUGGUUAGCUGCCCUGAGGUGUAUGGUGGAGAUAGCUAACAUCCUGGGGAAGGAGGAGGAAGAACAACACUACUUGGCAGUCAUGCAGAGGGCCAAAACUGCCUAUGAGGAGAAACUCUGGAAUGGGGAGUACUACAACUAUGACUGCAGCGGUAGAUCCUACUCCAACUCCAUCAUGGCAGGGGCAGGGUCAGGACACUGGUACCUCCGGGCCUGUGGACUGGUACCCGAGGACAAUGAAGUCAUGGACUCUGAUAGGGAGGUCCUGCCUUUGGACCAUGUCGCAAGUUCGCUGAGGAAAGUGUAUGACUUCAACGUGAUGCAGUUCCACCAGGGCACUAUGGGAGCUGUCAACGGGAUGCGGCCUAACGGGAAGAAAGACCUGACCAGUAUGCAGAGUGAGGAAGUUUGGACGGGAAUCACAUAUGCACUAGCAGCCAGUAUGAUCCAGGAGGGCAUGGUGGAGGAGGGUUUCCAAACAGCCUAUGGUGUGUACAACAUGUGUUACCUCCAGUGUGGCUUCGCCUUCCAAACUCCUGAAGCUUACCUGGAGAGAGAUUUUUUCCGCUCCCUGGGCUACAUGCGUCCCCUGGCCAUCUGGGCCAUGCAGUGGGCCCUAGAGAGCAGGCACAGGGCAAGGGUCACUAGUAGCUAAAAGAUUAGGUCACAGGGCAUAGUUCACAGGUCAAAUGUAUGAACAGUAUGAUGGACAUACUGACAAUACAAAAAAAUGUAGGUACAUGUAGUUUUUCCAUGUACACAUAACAGGUUCUUCUUGGCCCUCUAAAAUUGUCCAAACAAGUAGCUCUAAAACUUGAGGUGCCAGGAAACUGUCUGUUUGCCUUAUGUUGUCAAAAAUAUAUAUUAGUUUGGCAAUACUGAUAAUUCAUGCGACAGUGUACAUUCCACAUGUACAAUAGUGUGUAAUAGGGCUCGGUAUCGGUACAGCGUACCGGUAUAAAAUCAGUUUUUCUUAUUGGACGGGUCCAGAGAAACCGGACCUGAAAAAUUAGGUGGA